UCAUCUUCCCACCAUCCACAAGUCUAAGCCACACACUGAUUUCAUUGGUCCAUAGCUAAAGAUCUCGAUGGCUCCAACACUCGCCGUGCGCCGCCGCGAAUCUCAGCCGGGAGCGGCGGAGGAGGAGGAGCUGAGGAGGAGGAACGAGGAGCUGGAGAAAGAGCUGAAAAAUAGCCGAGACAGGGAGGAGAAGAUGCGGAGAGAGCUGGAGAGAAUCUGGGAGAGAUUGAGAGUGGCGGAGGAGGCGGAGGAGCGGCUGAGCUCGCAACUCGGCGAGCUGGAAGCGGAGGCCGUCGAUCAGGCUCGAGCGUACAGAGCUCGUGUUACGGCGUUGAUGGAUCAGCUCUCGGCUGCGAACAAGCUCAUCCAAUCGGCUUCCGUUUAUGUUAGUUGACACUCGACGAUGGAGCGAGUUAACUCAUCUCAGCUCAUGUGUUUUUUCUAGAUUGAGAUUUGAUGUGAAUUUUGUCUAAAUCUAUAUAUUGUAUUAUACAAAGUAUAAACUAUAAAGUAUGUUUUAGUCUGUCCAAAUCCUUGUUAAAAUAUGCAUUCCCCAAAUUCCAGGAUUGUUGGAGUCUCGGAGAUAAUAGCUUCCUUUUUUACUAAUUGAUGAUGAUGGUGUAAUCUAUUGAUCUGAUCUAGACAUAUAUAUAUGGAGAAUUUUACUUUCGUUUUAA